AUGGCUAUCGGAUGUGCACAGAGAUUGUAUACGCAUGAUAUGGGAAUUACAAGAGAAGAUGCUUAUUGGCGUCAAUCAUGGGCUGCGGAAGCGAAAGACAACUUAAAGAUGAUACACGAAAUUGUUCACAUCUCAUUCUUCUAUUCUAAACCCCUAAAUGGCUUCAAUGAGUCAGAGGAGUCCUGGAUGUGCUGA